GGUGCCCCAAGGCUCGCAGUCGGUCUUCACCCGCCCGACGGUGAAGACUGCCAUCUUCCGCUCCGCUCCGCCCCUCCAGCCGGAGGGCGUCCCCGAGCCAGCAACCCCGAGCCCUCUCCAAGAGCCCUCUCCAAGGGGCCGCUAAGCAGAGGCAGCCAGCAGCGCGCACCACCAUGCAUUCUGCGGGGAUCCUCAGCGUGGCCGUCGUGGCCCUCGCGGCCCUGUUGGCGCCCACGGCCGAGGCCCAGGCCAAAGUCGACCAGCUGCAGUACCUGUUCGACAGGCCCUCCGAGCCCAUCUUCCUGCCCAAGGAGAGCGACAAGGGCAGCAAGAGGGUCUUCUUCGACGUGCCCAACGAGUACCUGACGGACCGGCAGAAGAAGCUGGGCACGCAGGUCAUCAACCGCUUCGGCGAGAAGGCGGAGCACAUCAACGUGCGCAAGAUCAACCUGCCGGACUUGAGCGUCCCCGGGCAGCUGGACAAGCGCGCGCAGUUCUCGCUGUUCCUCCCGGAGCACCGCAAGCUGGCCGGCAGGCUGAUCGACGUCUUCAUGGGCAUGCGCAAUCUGGACGACUUCCUGUCCGCCGCCGUGUACGCGCGCAGCCACCUCAACCCGUACCUGUUCGUGUACGCCUACUCCGUGGCGCUGCUGCACCGCGACGACACCCGCAACGCGCACCUGCCGCCCCUGGCCGAGCUCUUCCCCGAGAAGUACGUCAACGGCGCCCUCUUCGCCCGCGCCAGGGAGGAGACCAACAUGGCGCUCGACCCCCAGCAGCGAGUGCCGCUGGAGAUCCCCAAGGACUACACCGCCUCCGACCUGGAGGAGGAGCACAAGGUGGCGUACUUCCGCGAGGACCUCGGCAUCAACCUGCACCACUGGCACUGGCACUUGGUGUACCCCUUCGACGCGCCGCUCAACAUCGUCCGCAAGGACCGACGCGGUGAGCUGUUCUCCUACAUGCACCAGCAGAUCCUGGCCCGCUACAACCUGGAGCGCUUCAGCAACGGCCUGCAGCGCGUCAAGCGGCUGCUCAACCUGCGCGAGCCCAUCCCCGAGGGCUACUUCCCCAAGCUGGACAGCUUGGUGUCGUCGCGCGUCUGGCCGGCCAGGGCCUCCAACACCGUCCUGUCUGACAUCGCUCGCGAGGGCGACCAGAUCCAGUUCGACCUGCAGGACAUCGAGCGCUGGCGCGACCGCAUCUACGAGGCCGUCCACACCGGCGCCGUCGUCACGGACAAGAACACCCGCCUCAACCUGACCGAGUUCGGCGGCAUCGACGUGCUGGGCAACAUCAUCGAGUCCAGCAUCAUCUCCCCCAACCGGCCGCUGUACGGCGACAUGCACAACUUCGGCCACAUCGCCAUCGCCUUCUCGCACGACCCCGACAACCGGCACCUGGAGUCGUUCGGCGUGAUGGGAGACUCGACCACGGCCAUGCGCGACCCCGUCUUCUACCGCUGGCACGCCUUCGUCGACGACAUCUUCCAGGAGCACAAGCGCACCCUGCCGGCCUACAGCCAGCAGCAGCUGGACUUCCCCGGCGUGCAAGUCAGGAGCGUGGAGGUGAUGACGACCAACGCCCGCCGGCCCAACGAGCUGUUCACGUUCUGGCAGCAGAACGACAUGGACCUGUCCCGCGGCCUGGACUUCACCCCCCGAGGCUCCGUCUUUGCCCGCUUCACCCACCUGCAGCACCGCCCCUUCACCUACCGCAUCACGGUGGAGAACAACGCCCCCGGGCAGCGCGAGGGCUACGUGCGCAUCUUCCUCGGCCCCAAGUUCGACGAGCGCGGCGUGCCGAUGCUGUUCCGCGACCAGCGCAACUUCAUGGUGGAGCUCGACAAGUUCCCCAUCAACCUGAGCCAGCGCACCAACACGAUCGAGCGCCGCUCCACCAUGUCGUCCGUGACCAUCCCCUUCGAGAGGACCUUCCGCAACCUGGACCUCAACAGGCCGCAGAGCGGCACCCAGCUCGAGCAGUUCAACUUCUGCGGCUGCGGCUGGCCCCAGCACAUGCUCAUCCCCAAGGGCUCCGUGUCCGGCCUGCAGCUGCAGCUGUUCGUCAUGAUCACCGACUACUCCAGGGACAAGGUGGAGCAGCCCCUGGACGGCAUGUGCAACGACGCCGCCUCCUACUGCGGCGUCCGCGGCCAGCGCUACCCCGACAAGCAGCCCAUGGGCUUCCCCUUCGACCGCACCGGGCGCCAGGGCGUGGACACGCUGCGCUCCUUCCUCACCAGGAACAUGUUCAUCCAGGACGUGACGGUCAAGUUCCAGGACCGCAUCGAGGCGCCCGCCAACCGCAACGUCACCGCCUUCCAGGGCUGAGGCAACGCCACUCUGGACCCACCCGUGCCACAAAGACUUUUACGUGAAGCCCGAGCGUUUCCAGUUUCUUCAUUUCCUCCAAUUUAUUUUUAAAAAAUCGGGCUGAUAAGACUGUGAUUUCUUUCUAAGCGGCAAGACUGCUGAAAAAUAGUGAUGACUCAAGUGAUGACUUAAACGAGGACGAGACGUGAACGACUUGUCAUCAUAAAAUACGGACGUGACAACAGGACUUCAUUAAACUGCGACCUGUCACAAUAAAAACACUCUGACACCUUACGACUUGAAAACAAUAAAAUGUUUGAAAACCCCA